AUGGCGGCGAAGCGAUCUGCGUGGCUUCUCUUCCCGCUCCUGUCCAUCUCCUUCGUCUCCCUCGUGGUGGUGGUGGUGGUGGUCCGAUUCUCGGGGCAGUGGGCGGCGAGGCCGAUGCAGUUCCCCGGCGCCGCCGGCCUCGACGAUCCCUCGCCCCCGGCUCCGCGGAUUGCCUAUUUCAUAUCGGGAUCGGACGGCGACGGGCACCGGAUCCUGCGGCUUCUCCGGGCGGUGUACCAUCCGAGGAACCAGUAUCUGCUCCAUCUCGACCUGCGAGCGUCGCAUCGGCAGCGGGAAGACCUUGUUUCUGCCGUUCGGUCCGUGGAUUCCUUCGUGGCCUCUGGGAAUGUGAAUGUGGUAGGGAAGGCGGAUUAUGCCAAUCGCGAGGGUUCCACCGCGAUUGCAUCUGUUCUCCACGGGGCCGCCGUGCUCCUCAAGCAUAGCAAAGCGUGGGACUGGUUCGUCAAUCUCGCCGCCUCAGAUUACCCUUUAAUUACUCAGGACGGUAAAAUGCGCUUCUCUUUUUCCGUUGGCUACACUCUUCCCCUACCGGCUUUAAUUUCUUACGAAUCAGAGAAAUGACCAUGUGUAUGGGGACGCUAUCAUGUGGUUGUCUCGUGGUAUGGAUACAUCUUCAAAGUCGCCGCUAGCUGAUCAUCGGGCCUGUUAAUCGUGUGUUAUUUGACAUAAUUAUUCAAAACAACAGAAACAUUGUAUAUUUGAAGUUAAAGCUCACUCAGGUUGCGCAGAAACCAAAAGUUCUCUAUCCCAGCGAAACUAGGGAUUUCGUUUGCCCGAAGAGUUGGUCAUAACAUUCUGUUUUCUACCUAUAUUUUGUCACACAGGGGACGAGAUCUGCACAGAAGGAAUGGAGAAUGUGCGUUCAAAGCUGUAUAAAACGAUUAAGCAGCUUGAGUGAAAGAAUGUGAAACAUUAAACUGAACAUUGCGAUUUCCAAAUAUGAAAUUUUCAGAAGGCAAUACUUUGUUCCAUAUAAUAGGUCACCAGAUAUUUUUCAAAAUUCCACGACCAAAUGCUAUCAUUUUUUGCUUGUAGUGGUCGCCUCCAUGCUUGUUUUUUCGCUGCCGUAUUGGUUUCUAGCUUCAGUUACAAUAACAAGUUUUCACUUGCCUGUUGAUUACAGAUCUUCUUCAUGUGCUCUCAUUUUUGCCAAGGGAUAUAAACUUUAUUCAAUGUAGUGACAAGAUUGGUUGGAAAGAGUAAGCUAUUUGAACUGUAACACUUCUCCACUCUCCAUUAUUUUCCUUUGCACGCUAGGUUGGACUGUCAUGACAUUUUUUUGGGAAAUUAUUGGCUAAUUUCAGAUCACGAAGAAUACGAUCAAUUGUUGUUGAUCCCGGAAUUUAUCUUGCUGCAAAGAGGGACAUAUUCAUUGGCACCCAAAAGCGUCCAAUUCCCACUUCAUACAGAUUUGCUACAGGUGUGAAUGAUUAUCAUGCUGUUGCCAAUAUGAAUUUUAUUUUGUUAAUUCUGUCAGAAGGUGCUGUAGAAUAAGUAAAUAAUGUAGCCCAUAUCAAUCCAAGUUAAGUAGAUUUAGCUUGAUCGAAGCUGGAACAGAAUCAGAUUGGUCUGAUUUGCUGAUUCAAGGGAAGGGAAGCUGGUGUUAUAUCGAUACCCACUUAAUCUGGGUUGUUUCGUCUGAUUCUGUGCGUAUGAUCACCAGUCUUAGCUAGACUAUUUAGGUCGAUUCCACAUACCCUGUAUUAAAAAGCUUGUCUGAAUGUUACUCCCACAACAUUCUAUGUUGGUGCUUGAUAAACAAAUUAGCAAAUCACAAAUUCUCAGUCAUGUAAACCAUCAAUGAAGAAACGGUGAUUCUAGCUGAUAGCACCUGGUCUGACUCUGUCAAAGGAGAGCAGGAGUCCCGCGGAAACUAUACAACUGAAAGAUGAUAGAUUUCCUUAUAUAUCUCCAUAAAGCCCUCAGAAGGCUUGUGCCCUAGUUUCCAAUGUUGGAUUAAUAUGCAUCAUCAUCUGGUAAGUUGAGGGUGGAAUGUCCUAAGAUUGAUUUCUCUUAGCAGUAGACCCAUCCCUGUGAUGAUUGCUGCAGGCACCGGAAUGUGGUUUGCAAUGGACCAGAAAAACCGUCUACUUCAUGCUAUUAAGUAGACAAUCUUGAACACCAUGCUCGUAAUUCCAGCCAGUAGAAUCCCGGAUCCGAAUCCGAGUCAGAAUCAGAGCUUCUAUGGUUCAGCAUAUGAGAAAUUCUUUUAAUGAAUUCGCGAGAUUCUGCAUUUAUUGAUAUUUGCCCAGAUAAAAAUCGACCGAUGUUUCUAUCUAGCUUCCUUCACUGAUAAUAAAUAGUGUUCAUCCAUCUGGAUCCCAGCUUCUCCUCCCGCGCUCUCUCAGGUAUUUAUCUGUUUUUUUUGUUCUUGAUUGUGACACGAUCACGCAGGGUCUCCGUUCGUGAUCCUCAGCCGCAAGUUCGUCCAGUUCGCCAUCCUGGGAUGGGACAACCUUCCGAGGACCCUCCUGAUGUACUUCUCCAACAUGAGGUCCCCCCAGCGGGGCUACUUCCACACCCUGGCCAUCAACUCCAAGGAGUUCUGCGACACCGUCGUCGCCUCCGACCUCCGCUUCGGCUCGGGGGCAGCGGCGGAGGAGGAGUUGCCCUCGCCGGCGGACUUGGGCGCGAUGCUCGGAAGCGGCGCCGCCUUCGCUGGGGGGUUCCGGCCGAGGGAUUCGCUUUUGGACAGGAUCGACGCCGCCGCGCUGCGCCGCCGCUGGGGGCGGGUGACGCCCGGCGGGUGGUGUGUGGGCGACGGUGGGUGGUGGAGCGACCCGUGCAGCGCCUGGGGGGACGCCGACGUUCUGAGGCCGGGCCCAGGGGCGAGGAGGUUCGAGAAGUUCCUGGUUCGCUUGAUGGGCAAUACCUCGGUUUGGACCAGCCCCUGCGGUCCUCUUUGA